AAUAAUAUUAAUAUGGCAGAUAUGAUUAUAAAUUUUACAGAAUUGUAAAAGGAAUAUGGUGAAAUGGCUGAAAUGAUCAUACAAAACUUUGAAUCUACAUGUUUCGAUUUAAGAAUGGAAGGAUUUCUUUAAGGAAUGCUAAAUAAAGAUUGGGUUUAGGCUAUGAUUAAUAGUCAUACACUUAAAGGAUCUGCAGGGUAUAAAUUAAAUUUCUACACAGUUACAUCAAGGCUGGUCCAUUUGUAGAUUCAAUUAAGAUUUUUUAAUAGUUUGUCAAAGAUCAUUGUAUACUUAUUUAAUAUCCUGAAAAUCAACCUGCUACUCCUGAUCGACCACAAUAUCGAUUGAAAGAUGAAUUUGAUGAUGAUAAAAAAUUGUAAGCUUAUGAUUAUUUUCAUCCUAUAAUUGAAUAAGCACGAUUGCUCAAAUUAGAAAUGUCUAAAUACUCUGGUUCAUAAGUUUCUAAUAAUAUCUUUAUAGCAGAAGGUAAAUUAUAUAUUUUAUUGUUAAGGUGAAAAGAUCAAAAAAAUGCACAAAGAAUUAAAAGAGCAGAUCGAAAUAUAAAGAAGACCUUCAAUUAAACAAAGUCAAAAAACCAUAUAAACUUAGUAACAAAUCAACCCUCCUGUUACAGAACCACCAUCCAACUUAAACUAAAAAAAUCCAUAAGUCUAAGAUAUUGUUGUAAUGGAUCCACCACAACAUAGUAAUUGUUGUGAUAAAUGUGCUAUUUUUUGA